AUGGUUGAAGUACGAGAACGCCUAUUGAACUCACUGAAAGAGCAUGAUGUUGCAGUAGGACCAGAUAAUGAACAAUGUGGCAAGGAUUUUUAUAAAUAGUAAGUCGAAAGGUUUAUUUGCUUAUCGGUUUGAUCAAAAUGAAAAGUUAAAUGAGAAAAAGAUAAGCAUGAUCAUGUCUUCGGUUCUGUCAUGUCAAAUACAGGGUGUGCUAAAAGUCCGUUGACUCAUUAUUUUAGUCAUAUAUUUAUUAAAACAAUCAAUAUACUUAAAACAACAACUAACAAUAGUAACAUAUAGUAAUAGUUAUAACAUAGUCAAGCGGUUUCGAAGUGGCCCUUCUUUGCCGCCAUGCAGAGGCGUAAACGCUUCACAAAGUUUUAGGCAAUGGGGUGCAGGUCCUGAGGCGUAAGUUUGUCCCAUUCGGAUGAGAAGAUAUUCACGUUGGAACAGGCACAUAACCCAUCAAAAUGACAGACAUUGCUCUACAGAGCCUCCUAGAGACUUGGCCAUCGUCGAACACCGUCACCCUCGGGGCAUUACGGUUUGGGCAGGAGUAUGCGCCUCGGGCAAAAAUCCUUUCAUUUUGUUGAUAAAGGAGUAAAAAUCAAUAAAGAAGUGUACCAAAAAGACAUUCUGGAAGUCGUAGUACUGCCUUGGUUCCUAAAACACUUCAGGAACACCAAAUGGACGUUUCAACAGGACUCUGCGCCAGCCCAUAAAGCCAAAACAACACAGGAGUGGUGUCGGACCCAUUUUCCGGACUUUAUCACCUCAGCUGAAAGGCCUCCGUACUCCCCCGAUCUCAACUUGAUGGAUUAAAGUAUUUGAUCGAUAUUGUAGGCAAGGGUGUGUUGUAGAAGACACCAAACUUUGGAGUCUUUGAAACAAGCAUUGAUCGAAGAGUAGGACAAACUUACGCCUCAGGACCGGCGGCCCGUCGCCUAAAACUUUGUGAAGCGUUUACGCCUCUGCAUGGCGGCAAAGAAGGGCCACUUCGAAACGGCUGGACUAUGUUAUAACUAGUACUAUAUGUUACUAUUGUUAGUUGUUGUUUUAAGUAUAUUGAUUGUUUUAAUAAAUAUAUGACUAAAAUAAUGAGUCAACGGACUUUUGGCACACCCUGUACAUAGUUAUGUCCGAAGGGCGGGCAUUUAACUUCACUGUUAUUUUACAAAGUCCUGCUCCUCCAAACCUCACACCAGUUUUUUUAAAUUAGGUCUGCUGAGUUGCCUACCUCUUCGAAACACUGCCCCUCUCCUUCUGGCUCGCGUAUUUUUUUUCAAAAAGCUUUUUUAUAAAUAAUAUUAUAAUAGAGCAGAGUAGGAAUCUUCAACUCCCUACCUUUAAAUUAAAAUCAGCUUUCAAAAUACAUAUAAUUCCAGCUUCUUCACCAACUUCCCCGACCUCCGCUCAUACUUCAAAGGAGCUGAAAAAUACACAGCCGACGAUGUUCAGAAGAGUGAACGUUUUGAAAAGCAAGGCAAACGACUCAUUUUGGCAUGUCAUUUUCUAGCCUCUAAUGCUGAUCAACCUGAUAUCAUCAAAGCUUAUGCAAGAGAACAGGUUAUUCGUCACCGGCCAUUUAAAAUGCAACAUGCUUUGUGGAGAGCCUUCUUCGAUGUUUGGCUUGGUUAUUUGGCUAGCCGAGGGAAUGUGGAUGAACAGACUAAACAGGAUUGGAUUCAAGUUGGCACAGUAUUUGCUGAUGAGUGUGUGAGGUAUGGAAAAGAGGUGAAUAUUGGACAUGAUUGA